CUCACUCCUGGUUCCUUCUUCCAGUCAAUAAAAGCCGAUAUCCCGCCUUACGUCUCAGAGUGAGUUAUUGAUGGUGCAUCAAUUUUAUUGACUGGAAGUUUUAAAACAUGGAAACCGUUUUGCGACCGGACCGGUUGGAUUUGGACCCUCAAGACCCUGACGCAGCUCUCGCUUUUGAACACUGGCUUGCAUGCUUCCAAUCGUGCUUGGAGGAGGUUCGUGCAACUGAACCCGCCGUUAUGCACAGAAUUCUACUCUCGAGGGUCACCCCCAAAGUUUACUCCAUUAUCCGGGACCUGCCGACCUACGAUGGGGCACUGGACGCCCUCAAAAGACAGUACCUGUGGCCGGUGAACACCGUCUACGCAAGACAUUGUUUAGCUACCCGGCAACAGCGGCCUGGCGAAUCGUGCGCUGAGUUUCUCCGAGCACUACAGACGCUCGUCCGAGCUUGUGACUGCAAGACGCUCACGGCAGAACAACAUGCGGAGCUGCUGGUGCGAGACGCCUUUGUGACGGGACUGAGGUCAGUGUACAUGCGCCAGCGGCUGCUGGAAAAUGCCGACCUUACCUUAAGCUCGGCGAUAGAGAAGGCCAACGCUCUAGAAGCUGCUUUGCAUAAUGCUGACGCUGUCCAGUCACGCGAUUCCCCGCCGGUUCCGUGGACACCUCAGACCCCGCCACUGCCGGCUCCCGGGAGCGAAUUCGCCAACGCCGCUGCCAGUCACGAUUCCACGAGCUCCCCGACCCUGACCACGGCUGUGGCCCAUCAGAAGCCCGUGUGUUAUUUCUGCGGCCAUAAAAAACAUCCUCGACAACGCUGUCCAGCGCAAGAAGCGACCUGCUCCAGCUGCGGAAAGCGGGGCCACUUCGCCAAGGUCUGUAAGUCUCAACCUCGAGCGGAGUGCAGCGCUGCGGGUGAAACGUGGGGGCCGCCAUCUUGCAUGCCCGGAUGUGGGCGGCCAUCUUUGUCGACGUCAGCACGCCCCGCCCCCGACCCUCCGAUGCUGACCAGGCACCCCGACGGCGAUUCAACUCUGGCCACUGUAACCCUCGACCAAAGCGCCCCACACCAGCUUGCAAGGUCCAUGAUGGACAUCCGGGUGGAGGGGCACAGGACUAGAUGCCUGUUUGACACGGGCAGCACUGGGAGUUUUAUUCACCCGGACACAGUGCAACGCUGCGGACUUGCAACGCGGCCGGUAUUUAUUACUCCGGGAGCGAUGAAAGGCGGGAUCCGCGGGAAGGCGGCUUCACACCACGUGGCACAUGCUUGCCCGCAGGCAAAUGGCUGGAAAAAAACCGUGCGAGGAGCCAAUCAGAUUGUUCCUUGUACUGCAAAAUUUGGUGAAGAAUUAAGUGAAGAAUCAAUAGUUGUUAUUAAAGGAAAGUUGACUGAUGACCCUCUGAGGUUCGAUGUUAAUUUUCAGAGGGGCGACCAUCCUGAUGCUGACAUUUUAUUCCAUUUCAAUCCCCGUUUUAAAGAGGAACUUGAAAAAAUUAUCUUUAAUUCUCGCGGACCUGAUGGCUGGGGAUUUCAGGGUGAGAAGUAUGAAAAGAUUGCUUCCAGAGGUUCACUAUUUAAGCUGGUGUUUAUAGUGUGGAACAACUCUUUCCAGGUAUCUCUGAAUGGUAGACACAUUCUGGACUACCCGCAUCGAUUAGAAGAUUGGAAGCCAGACACUGUUAUAGUUUUUGGAGAUAUAGAAGUAGAAAGUAUUGACGUUCUUAAACUUUGAAUCGGAGACAAGGAUAGCAACUGAAUGAAAUUUACAAAGCAAGGUUGAAUUACACAUCAGGAAUAAAAGCACAAGAAUUUCAUCCUUUUUAUUUUGGGAUAUGUUUAUUUGUGUGACUUUCCUUCUAUUUAUUAUGAAGCAGAUAUUGGUUACUUUAAAUAUAAAGGAAUGAAAGGGAGCUGUGUUGUGUUUGUUGAAGAGUUACUUCCAUUUGGCUUCAGUAUUCAAUCUACACAAUUUUCUAUUAGUUUAUUGAAAUAAACUUUAACAAACUUACUGCAUUCACUUUGUCUUUAUUUACAGUUUUUGUUUAAUUCAAAACAAGUAUUACUUAAGCGAGAGAGAGAGAUCCA